UUCUUCGACUCAUUCAGCGAUGCACAAAGGCAUUCAUUAUUCCUCUCCCAAAACCGAAAAUUACAAAUAUAAACUGAUUAAGAACAAAAAAACAGCAAACAUCAUUCAGAAGUAACAGGCGCAGCACGACAUCCUUCCAGAACAGUUUUACACACCCUUUUAAUGAGAAACCACUGGCCGCAAUACGCAGCAGAAUGCUGGAGUAGGAGGAGUGUGUUUGACAGCUCGGUCAUGUAAUGAAUAGCUGGAUAGUUUAACCGGCGUUUGAAGACUAUGUAUAAGUACAGUGUCUCGUUUACUUUGUUGUUGUGGGGAUAGUUGGACGAUGGUACUUAUUCAGAAGUACUGAAAGCCAGAAAUAGUGAAGGACUUUUUUCCACCUCUUCAGCUGCUUGCAAUAGUGCCCCUUAGUUAAGGUGCUAACUUGCUGUAUACUGUUCAGCAGUCAUGAUAGAAGCAAAGAAACUUAUUGGAAAAUCUCUUCAGCCUGCUAGACCAUUGCGCCGCUCACUGUUACAUUGUGAAUCUAAAAUUUGGGAAGACUGCCAGAAAGAUUUCUCACAGAAUGAAAUGUAUUGGCAAGACCAUGACAGUUUGUGGUGCAGGGUAAAUGGAAUACAGAAUGAGCAUGUUACAGUUGCCAACAAAGAGAAACGGAUAACAAAAACUACAGAAGUUGUCACCCAAGGUAACCUGGCAACAAGAGGAGGUGUGGUGAUCUGUGACAAUCCUAUUGGCCUAAAUGAACAAGAGGAAGAUUUUGAAUCUUGGUUGCUUGCACCUUGUUUCUCAUUUAACUCCAGACUGCAAGGCCAGUCACUGAAGUCUCAACUUACAUUUUUGAAAAAAGAAUUAAAUACAGUGCAGAGUUUCUGAAGAAAUGUUCAAGUCAUCCAUUUUGUAAUGAAAAGCCUAAAUUUUUGCCUAACCAUCCUGUUGUACUUGAAAAAUCACAUGCCAGAUUUCCAGGACAUAGUUGCCUGACAGCAAGGUCACGUAAAUACUCCGCACUUAAUAGUUCUCAACCAAAAAGCUGUUUAUGCCAUAUCCGUCACUGCCAUAAUCCAUGUUGUAUAUAGAAAUAUAUCCUCCAUGGCAGUGAUGUGAGCACUCAAGACUACUGUUUGCCUGCUUUAAACAGUACAACACUGUAUUGCUGCAUAAUAUACCUUAAUGUGCAAAUGUUUAUUUUGCAUUAUUUUUUCUUUGUCCUAAUUAGUACUGUGUAGAUAAGUUUUACAGGACUUAGACCUUUGCUUUUCUAACAAAGUGAUAAACUGAGUACUUGUGAUAAUCACUUUCUUUGACAACUGCAGUGUUCCACAUUAACUGUCUUUGAAUUUCUUCAUACUUCUAUCUUCAUCCUGAGUAUAACCAGUGUAAUAAGACAUCAGUAAAGAAAAAUGUAAACCAGAAGGUUCUGGUUUAAUUUACUGUAUUUUCUAUGACUGCUGUAUGAAUGUGCCUGUUAGCUUCAGUGCCUUAUGGUUCACACUCUUUAAUGUAACAUUACAGUGACUGUUAUAUUAGCCCAUUUGUAGCCUACCUGAUUUGCAGGUAGGGGGCAUGUAUGCUUAAAAAAAUUAAUAUAUUGUAUUAUAUAUGUAAAACAGCAUGUAGUGCAAUUUUCUUGCAGUGUAGAAUUACAGAAAAAAAAUCUUUCGGCAAUAUGACAGUAAUAAGUGUGUGCUUAAAACAGAAGCAUGCAAAUGAUUAUGCAUGUGUGCAGACUUCAUAGCCUCUUUAAGGUAAAAUUUGGAUUGCAGCCUUGUUUUCAUGACAUCAUUGUUUAGGAAGUUCCAAGAAUGUUGUCUUCCUCUGGUUUAGGUUAAGAUAUUUUAAGAUGAAGAAAAAUGAAUGCAGGGGUGACACUUUGGAGUUCCAAACAAGUCUUGCUUGUAUUAAAGUAAUUUGAAUUACAAGCUAUUACCAUGCCAGCUUUGUGAAUUGCUCACACUACUGUAGUGUUAACACACUAAUAGAUUUUUAAUGACCAGGUUAAGAGACCGUAACACAAAUGACUGAUUUACAGUAUGAGAUUACUGCAUUCUUAUUAUAGCAUGAACAGUGAUAUUGGGUAAAUUUGCAUCACUGCAGUCCAGAUUUCGUAGAGUUGAAAUUUAGGAAUCCUGAAUUCUCAAUCCUCAGCCUUUUCCAAUGUGAUUAUGUUAUAAUGUGAUACUCAGUUUGCAAUGGAUAGUAGUUUUUAUUUUUGGGACUUUUCCAGAUUAGGUUUAUCAUUCCUGUUUAUGACGUUGGACAGUCUGUGAGAGUUAGCUUAGUUCUCUUAAGCAGAACUUUUUCUUUCAUUUGGUUUCAGUGUAACUUUCAAAAGUGCAAAAAUAAUCUUUUUCUUUUCUGACUUCCAGUCUUCAAUUUUUAAUAAAAAUCCAUUUGAAACAGC